CUCUGGUUGGGUCAUAUGAUCUUCUUCCGUUCGGCUGUUUAUUGUGGGAAGCCAGAAGCUAAACAUGGCGGAUUUUGAGGAGCGCCGGGGUUUAUUAGGAGACGAGAAUGAAUGUCCGGCCGCAGGUGGACAGGGAGCCGGCGGAGCCAGCAGGCCGAUGGCUGCUAUCUGCGACCCCAGCCACCUCCUCCACCGGGUGGUGGUUCUGGUGUUUAUGUGCUUCCUGGGAUUCGGAAGCUACUUCUGUUAUGAUAAUCCAGCUGCUCUCCAAACCCAAGUUAUUCAGGAUUUGAACCUGAACACUGCGAGUUUCAUGCAGCUGUAUGCCUGGUACUCCUGGCCAAAUGUGGUUCUCUGCUUCUUGGGAGGAUUUCUGAUUGACAGGGUUUUUGGCAUCAGGCUUGGAACCAUCAUAUUUUCACUUUUUGUCUGCAUUGGACAGGUAAUAUUUGCAGCGGGAGCAUGGUCCAAUCAUUUUUGGCUGAUGGAAGUCGGGCGUUUUGUAUUUGGUAUUGGGGGAGAGUCGCUAGCUGUGGCCCAGAACACGUAUGCAGUGAACUGGUUCAAAGGCAAAGAGCUGAACCUUGUGUUUGGCCUUCAGCUCAGCAUGGCUCGAUUGGGCAGCACAGUGAACAUGAACAUCAUGGGUUGGGUGUAUAGCAAAGUCGCAGUUGCUGUUGGCUCCCCUGGAUACACCACACUUGGAAUAUCACUCAUGAUUGCUGCUGGAACCUGUGUCUUUUCUCUACUAUGUGCCUUGGUGCUGGCAUUUUUGGAUAAAAGAGCAGAGAGGAUCCUCCACAAGGAACAGGGGAAAACUGGCGAGGUUAUAAAGCUGACUGAUGUGAAAGAUUUCUCCCUAGCCCUGUGGCUCAUCUUCAUCAUUUGUGUGUUUUACUAUGUUGCCAUUUUCCCAUUUAUUGGACAAGGCCAGGUUUUCUUUAUUGAAAAGUUCAACUUCUCUCCAGCUCAAGCCAGAGCCGUUAACAGUAUCGUAUACAUCAUCUCAGCACCUGCAUCUCCAAUUCUCGGCUUUAUUGUUGAUAAGACUGGGAGGAAUGUAGGUUGGGUCUUUGCUGCAGUCAUCGCAACACUUGGCGCUCACAUGAUGCUGGCCUUCACCUUCUGGAACCCAUGGAUCGCUAUGUCCCUGCUUGGUGUCUCAUACUCCCUACUAGCCUGUGCUUUGUGGCCAAUGGUAGCCUUUGUGGUGCCUGAACAUCAACUGGGAACAGCCUAUGGCUUCAUGCAGUCCAUCCAGAACCUAGGACUUGCUGUGAUUGCGAUUAUAGUAGGAGUCAUUGUGGAUGUAAGAGGAUACCUGGUGUUGGAAGUGUUUUUCUGUGCCUGUAUUUGCAUUGCUCUGAUGGCAGUGGUGGGGCUCUAUUUUGUGGAUUAUCUUAAAGGUGGAGGUUUGAACCAGUCAGCUGCAGCCAGAGCUAAACUACAGAAGGAGACCUCUACAAAUGCAGAGACUAAAAUGCAACCCAGUAUGGUGGCGCACGGUGAGCAUGCUAGACUGGCACCUAUGUCUGCUUUUGGCUUGCGUAACAGGUACCUCUCCAGGCUGGGAGCACAGCUCCCAGAUCACUGCUCUACCCAUCUGUCAUCACUUGCCCACAGGAGUGUCCUGAAAUGACACCCAUCACUCAUCUGUCUGCUCCUGCAGGACUAUAAUGCUAAUAUUGUGGUGCAAGACAAGUAUGCACUGAAAUAGAAAAAUGCUUUAAAAGUGUCUUGUUUUUGCACUUUUACCUAUGAAGUUUUCAUACCUACGUGACUGUUUACAGAUUAAUCUUUUUGGUGUUUUGUUUUUUUCAUUUUAUUUUGUUGAUUGUUAAUAGGGAGAAUGUCCAUUGCAUGCAUUAUUGGUUACUGGAUAUUCUCUACACUUGAGGUGCCUUUUUCUGAGUCAAAACCAAAGUUGUUUUUUUGCACUAAGUAUUGAUCUCAGGGUUAUCACUAAAUAUUUUGUCGGUUUUAGAGAUACAGCCUUUGCGAACAGCAGAGGGCAUCAAUUUAUUCAUACUAACCACUGAGCACAAAAUUGCUUUUUUUUAAGUGAGCAUUCAAUAUAAAAGUUACAUUGUUUUUUCUAAGCUAUUGCAUUUUACUUUGAUUAAGGGAGAUUUCAAGAAAUAUCUUAAGCGUUGUGAAGGGUUUUUUCUUUACCUGUUUACUAUGUCAUUUUUUUAAUGUUUAAAAUUAAACAAAUU